AUGAACUUGAAUUACAUCAUUCACCAAUCUUUAUUGUCAUUAUUAUAACAAUUAGAGAAUCUUCUGAUAGCUAGAGAAUGGCUGAAUCCACCUUUUACUGGAUGGGGAAGCGGAAAGUCUAUCAUAUGUGCAGGCUAAUUAAUUGAAGCAAACAAAGAAGUACUUUAUAUUGGAGAUGGUUAGAAAUCAGUUCAGAAAUAAUUCUAAAAUUUACCCGAACAUUUUCGCGUGUUAGUAAGAAUAGACUUUGUAGCAAUUGAUGAAUGGGAUGGAAGUUAAAAAAUUAUAUUCAGUGCUGAUUCUUAAACUUUAGGUUCUUAUUCAUCGUAUAGCUAGGGUCCUGGUGAUAGACUACAUUUGAAGAUAUGUGGAAAAUAAGGAAUUUAGGAUAGAUUUGAAAGAGUUCAAUAUGUCAUAAGUCAUACUAGCAAUACAGUUACAAUCAAGGCAGAGACAAACAGUAAAGGCUAUGCUGGAUUGCUUGAUCUUCAAAUUUAUGUUGAUACAUGUCAUGCUGAUUGUAAAGGGUGUAGCGGAGCUAGUGAAAAUUAAUGCUCUUCUUGCAAAACAGGAGCUACACUUUCCUCUGGUAAAUGUGUUUGUCCUACUAAUUAAUACAUGUAUUAAGGCAGCUGCCUGCCAGAUUGUACUGGAAACUUGAGGAAAAGUUCAAAUGGAUUAUUUUGCGAAGAAAUACCUUGCAAAUUGUCUACAUGCAGAUAAUGUGAUUCAGAUAACUUUACAUGUGCAGCUUGUGUAGGAAGUUAUAGAAGAUUUAACAAAUCAUGUGUUAAAUCUUGUCCUUCCUACACUGAAAAUGUUAAUGGUGAAUGCAUUGAAUUAACCAAAAAAUAUUGGAAUGGAAUGUUCUUGUUUAAAGGUUUUUUUGAGGACGAUUUUUCUAAUUUGAGUUUUGAAGAAUAUGGUUUUAAUUUCAAUCCUAUUUUGCCUGAGGAAAGUAAUGUUAAUUUAAAGGAUUGGGCUUAGUUUUCUGACUGCAAUGAUAACUCUGUUUUAAAGCGCUUUUAUGGAGGAUUUGGAAUUAUUGGAAAAGAUGUUUCUAUCAAGAAAACAUGGGACAUUGUUGAUUAAAAUAAGAAGCCAAUCAAACACAGUUCAGUCUUAGUUAAAUUUUACUACGCUUAAGUUGAAAAUUACGAAGAACUCAAAGAUGGAGUUACUCCUGAAGAAGAGUUUGUCAAAAUUAAUGAUCAAAAGAUCUUUUCUUUGUAUGGUGGUGGUACCUAAAUGGGUUGCGGAAGAUUGGAUUAAGGAGAAAAUUUCGGAUGGAUAGAAGCUAACUCAACAUAAACUAAUAAAACCAACUAGAUUAAGCUUGAAAUAGGCAAUAAUUUCAUUGAUCCAGCUUGGUAUGAAGGUUUCGGAAUUAGAGAAAUGAUGAUCAUUGUCUCAAGGUGUAUCGAUAAUUGUGAAGAAUGUGGGGAUUACGAUGGCUGUGUAAGAUGUAGUACUGGCUAUUACUUGUGGAGGGCAUAGUGCUAUAAAGAUAAAUGCCCAGAUGGUUCAUUUUUAAAUUAGGAUAUAAAAACUUCUAAUGUUUGCAAAGAUUGUCAUCCAACAUGUCUAACUUGCAAUGGACCUAAAUCUGAUUAGUGUCUAACUUGUUUAGAUCCACUCCUCUUUAAAAAAGGUUCAUGCAAUUUAGAUUGUGGAUUAGGAUUUUACCCAAAUAAACCAAUCUGUUCUCCCUGUCACACAGAAUGCUAUUCUUGCUUUGGACCAAACAAUAACUAGUGUCUAAAAUGCACAGGUAAUAGAUACUAUUUUAAGUAAACAAAUAGCUGUCUACUAGAGUGUCCUGAGACUUAUUUUCCAAAUACCCAUUCUAAUUAUUGCGAUCCAUGCAACUCUAAAUGCCUAACUUGUGAUGGGCCCAGUGAAAACCAAUGCUUAACUUGCACAUCUGUAGCGCCAUCUAGAUUUCUUAUGGAUCACAAAUGUGAAGCUUAAUGCCCACCGGGCUAUUAUGGAGAGACGGCUGAUUAAACUUGUUAACCUUGCAAGAGCCCUUGUGUUACCUGCAAGAAUACAGCUAAUAAGUGCACUUCUUGUAUUGAUAAACGAUUCUUAUAUGGAGAAGAAUGCUUGGAGAACUGUCCAGACAGAACUUAUAGUAAUACUUUUACUUAAAUGUGUGAAGCUUGCCAUGGGUUAUGUGGCAAUUGUAAUGGUGCUAACUUUAAUAAUUGUUUAACAUGCGAUGAUGAAGAUGGUUAUUAUGAUAGCACUACGAAUUAAUGUGUUAGUUAAUGUCCUUCUAAAUAUUUUGCUACUAAAGAGAAUAAGCUAUAAAUUUGCAAGCUUUGUGAUAUAACUUGUGGUGAAUGCAAAUCACCCGGAGAUAAAUUUAGUUGCACUAUUUGUACAGGAGGAAGAUACUUAAAUUAUAAUAAUUCUUGUGAUAAAGAUUGUCCAGAUUAUUAUUACAAAGAUAGAAGCAAUUAUGUGUGUAAAAAUUGUCAUCCAAGUUGUUUAACCUGCCACGAUAGUUCUUCUACUAGCUGUAUUACCUGUCCUAAAGGAAGGUAUUUUAGUUAAAACACUUGUCUUUCAAGAUGUCCUGAAGGCACCUAUCCAGAUGACGUCAAUUCAUAAUGUAUUCUUUGUCAUCCUUCAUGUGCAAGCUGUGAUGGAGAUCUGUAUAAUCAGUGCACCAGAUGCAAAUUAGGAAAAUAUUUAUAAGAUAAAAAAUGCUCUGAGAAAUGCAAAGAUGGGUAUUUCCCUAAUAAACUUACAGGGAUGUGUUAAAUAUGUCACUAAACAUGCGCUACUUGUGCUGAUGAGAAGGAUUCUUCUUGUUUAUCUUGCAAAUCCCCUUUGUAUUUAAGUAAUAAUAAAUGCUUUUCUCUGUGUCCUGAUGGAUAAUACCACAAUAAUAACACAAAUCAAUGUGAGUCGUGUCCUUUCACUUGUAAAACUUGCUUAGGAGUUAACAAGGACGAAUGCCUCUCGUGCUCUGGAAACAGAUACUUAGUUAGACCUGGUUUGAAAUGUGAAACAGUUUGUCCUACUGGAUUUUUACCUAAUUAAUUAACAAAUGAAUGCGAUUAAUGCCACUCUUCUUGUAAAAACUGUUUUGGAUUAAGUGAAAAUGAAUGUAAAGAAUGUCCAUCAGGUACUUAUCUUUACUAAAAUAAAUGCUUACUUGUUUGUCCUAUGGGAUUCUUCCCAACAGAGUUUCCAAAUAUUUGCACACCAUGCCAUUCUACAUGUCAAACAUGCACUGGAAGUUUAGAAUCUUAAUGCACUUCUUGCAAAGGUAAAAGAUACUAUCUUCCGUAUAAAUGUUUGGAGGAGUGUCCUGAUAGUUAUUUCGGAGAUAAUGCAAAUAAUUCUUGCUAAAAAUGUGAUAAAUCUUGCAAAACUUGUAUUGGUGUUAACAAUAAUUAAUGCACUAAAUGCAAAGAGGGAACUUAUUUAUUAAAUAAUUCUUGUGUUUUUUAAUGUCCAGAUGGAUAUGUCGUUUCACUAGAUAAAGCUUAGUGUCUUAUUUGCCAUUCAACUUGUUCUACUUGUCAUCCUGGAAACUUAGAUUAUUGCUUAACUUGUCUCGAAGGUUGGUACAAACAUGCAAACAGAUGUCUAAAGGAAUGCCCAGAUGGAACCUAUCCAAGCUCUAAAAGUGAAGAAAAAAUUAAUGGUCUCAUACAUGAAAUCUUAAUCUGCAAAAAUUGUAUAAAAAACUGCAAGACAUGCACAGGACCAUCUGAUGUGCAGUGCUUAGAGUAUUACCCUGUUUCUGAAUAAGAUCUGUUAGGUAUGCUGAUAUUCUACAUAUUUAUAGGAAAGUCUGUUUAUUGUUUCUUAACUUUUGCUGUAGGCAUUUACUUAGAUUAUAACGAAUACAAAAGAAAAAGAGAGAUUGAACUUUUUGAAGCUCAAAAAACUGAAAUUGAAGAUUAAAGAAAUAAAGACAUUCCUAAGAUAACUGUAAACGAUGUUGAAUUAAAUAAAACAGCCAAAACUGACUAAAAAUUGUUAUUUAACUUUGAUAACACAAACAAAGAUUAUAGUCCAACUGGAUCUCAUAACAUAACAAGACAAAACUUAAAUACUGACAAUUAAAGUCCAACUUCUAAAAUAUUUAAAAACUCUCCAGUGAGAAAACAAAGAAAAUUUCAAACAGCUAUCAAUCCAAGCGAAUAGCAUGAAAGCAUGGAGAAUGAAAAAUUGAGAUAUACAAAAUUCCGUAAAGGAACUUAUGGACAGAAUUAAAGCAUUGUAAAUGUAUCAACUUAAAAGUUAGUAGAUGAAGAACUAAAAAGUCAAAUAGCCAAAAAGCAUGGAAAGAUUGUGGGUUGUUAUGACCCAGUUAGCAAAUCUUUUGUUCAAAUUCCAGACUAUCUCGUUAAAAAAAAUCCUGAGUUACCUUAGAAGAGUUUCAUUUCUUUCUUUUUCACUUUCUUCGAAAUAACCUCGUUGUUCCUAUAUAGAGAUUCUAAUUUGUUACACAUUCUAAGGGUUUUAACAUAUUAUUGCAAACUACUAUUCAUGUUUUAUCUGUCUUCAAGAUUAUUAUACAUUUCUCCUCUGUCUAUUAUUGGAUUUGUGGUUGCUAUUCAAAUAAUCAUGGUUUCUAUAGAAAAAAUUAUAUAUAAUUUAUCUUUAAAUAUUGAAAAAUUACUCUCUGUGAUUUUCACAUCAUUUAUUUUGUUGAUUGUCUAUCACAUUAAUUGGUUUUUCUCUCCUUAACUUGCUAAAAUUUCCUACUAAUAAGACUUUGAUUGGAGCAUUUACUACUUGACAAUAUUCGGAACUGAUAUGGUUGGUAUAUAAAUAGUUUUUAUGUCAAUUCAGUACUGGUUUACCAAAAAGCAUGUAUUUACAGAUCAGUUAAAGCUCAGAAAAAGUUAAAGAAUUUUAUGCUUUUUCUUAUUUAAAGACAAAUUUGCAAGAUGGCUUAAAGAGUAAAUAAAUUUUCUUUUAAAAAUUCGCACUUUUUAGUUAUAAGAAUUAAUCUAAUUUAUUUUACAAUAUUUUUUUAAUAUAUUUAGAUCUAAAGCAGAUGUAAUUAGCUCAUAAAAAGAAAAUUAAAAUGAGAGCUUUUAAAAAGUAAAAUGA